UCCGUUCCAGCAUCCGGUUUGCGACGCCUUGGUUUUCACAUUGGUGAGGGAGGUCACGACGAUUGAAACUUGACCAGAACCCAUUGCAGGCCGGCCAUCGCAAAAUCCCGCGUCGUCUCAAUUCGCCUGCAUCCCCAGUACGAAACGCGACGCCCCUUCCUCCCAAGUCGCUGUCAGCCGCCAACCAUGUCCACCAGCUCUCGGAAGCGAAGCCGUACGGAGCCAUCGGUCGACGAUGGCAGGGCUGAAUGUCCCUUCACCAUCAUGUACGUGUCUCCCGAGGACAAGUCCAAGGGUCAGAAAGGCAAGAAGAGAAGAAAACAGUCAGAGCCGGAGGAAGAGGACAUUGCCAAAGUUCAGAAUUCGCCCUUUACGCCCUCGGGCAAGUUCAAGAACGACGAGACUUUGGACCUACACUAUAGGGUGGAGCCCCGGGAUAAGUGGAUGGGCAUGACGCGCUACAACAGCUUCGUCCUGAACCAGGCGAAGUAUUUCAGCGAAGGAUUCAUCUACGUUGCCAACGACUCGACCAUAGCGCCUAAGGAACCGCUCCAAAAUGGCUCGGGCUUGCGGAGACAACCUGACGAGUGGGUGGCCCGCAUCCUGGAAAUCCGCGCCGCCGAUGAACAUCACGUAUAUGCUCGGGUUUACUGGAUGUACUGGCCCGAGGAGAUUCCGGUCGGAACAAAGGAUGGCAACAAAUAUGUGUCAGGUCGCCAGCCAUAUCACGGACACAAUGAAUUAAUUGCAUCAAAUCACAUGGAUGUAAUCAAUGUGGUGAGCGUAACGCAGGAGGCCAAGGUCAAGCAAUGGUUCGAGGAGAACGAUGAGGAGGUCCAAGAUGCACUAUAUUGGAGACAGGCCUUUGACAUCAGAAGCAUGCAGCUUUCGUCGAUUCAACGAACUUGCAAAUGCGAUCAGCCUGCGAAUCCCGACAAAACCCUCAUUGCCUGCUCGGAUCCCAAGUGCAGCACCUGGCUCCACGAAGAGUGUCUCAAGCACGAUGUACUCAUGAGGACCUAUGAAUCUUUAGGCAGGGAUAAGCCAUAUCAGAAGCCAGUCACGGAGAACACGGAGAACAGUGUUGCAGACAGUAGUGAUAAGGCGGCAGGUAGGCCACUGAGCCCACCGGACAACGGGUCCGAGGUCCAGCAGUCGAUAGAUGCGAAGAUGGGCAACGAUUCCGACAAUGGCAUCACGGCCGAGCCGUCAUCGCAAUAUCCUCCCACUGCGGGAACAGCGAAGAAUAGUCGAGGGGAGGCUGUAUCUGUCGACAAGUCGAUUACCGCGGCUUCGAAAACGGGGAGAAAGCCGCAAGGGAAGAAGAAGAAGAUGGAUGCCAGCUCCAAGCCAUACGAGGGCCUCUUUGAGGUUGCGCUAAAACUGGCCGAGAGUCCGUCGGUAGUGGAGAUUCGUGAUCUCCGGGAAAAUGUCAAGGGCGGCGAGAAGACGUGGACUGAGCCAUUGGCCUGCCUGGUGUGUGGCGCGAUGAUCAGUUGACACGGCAAGGGGUGACCAGUCGACAUGGACGAUAGCAGGACUUGCGGGUACAGUGUACAGUCCGUAUGUCAGUUCUCCGUCAGCUUGUAAUUAUUA